GAAAACCAUGCAGUCAUCAGGGCACAGAUUCCGUGAUGUUGAGCACCACCCGCUUCUUGCUGAAAAUGACAGCUACGACUCCUCUUCCUCAGAGGCCGACAUGGCAGAGAGGGUUUGGUUCAUCAGAGAUGGCUGUGGUAUGGUCUGUGCUAUAAUGACGUGGCUUCUGGUUGUCUAUGCAGACUUCGUAGUGACUUUUGUCAUGUUGCUGCCUUCCAAAGACUUUUGGUACUCUGUGAUCAACGGUGUUCUCUUUAACUGCUUGGCAGUACUAGCUUUGUCAUCGCACCUGAGAACUAUGCUAACUGAUCCAGGGGCUGUACCCAAAGGAAAUGCCACUAAAGAAUACAUGGAUAAUUUGCAACUGAAACCAGGAGAAGUGAUUUACAAAUGUCCGAAGUGCUGUAGUAUCAAACCUGAACGUGCACACCAUUGCAGUAUUUGCAAACGAUGUAUUCGAAAGAUGGAUCACCACUGUCCGUGGGUGAAUAAUUGCGUUGGGGAGAAAAAUCAGCGAUUUUUUGUUCUGUUUACGAUGUAUAUAGCCCUGAUCUCAGCUCACGCGCUCAUACUGUGUGGGUUUCAGUUUUUCUCCUGUGUCCGAGGGCAGUGGACUGAAUGCAGUGACUUCUCCCCACCUGUAACUGUGAUCCUGAUGAUCUUCUUGUGCCUUGAGGGUUUUCUGUUUCUCACUUUCACUGCAGUCAUGUUUGGCACCCAAAUCCACUCGAUAUGCAACGAUGAAACGGAGAUCGAAAGGCUGAAGAGCGAAAAGCCAACGUGGGAGCGGAGACUGCGUUGGGAAGGAAUGAAAUCCGUUUUUGGGGGCCAGCCUUCACUCCUGUGGAUUAAUCCUUUUGCAGGAUUUCGAAUCAGGCGACUUCUGCUGAGAGCGAAGAAAGGAGGACCCGAGUUUUCUGUUUGAGGCUCAUUACGCUGGAACUGCAAGAGUACUAUAUAAUAUUUAUUUGGGGCCAGAGAAGGCUGACACAUCUAAUCUGUGACCAGGUGAAACUGAUAUCAGACAUUUGCUUGUAGCAAGCAGAGUUUUAUAUGUUUAUCGUCACAGACAUCUCAUUAACCGUCAGAGACGCCAACUGGAUCUGUAAUGGUCUUGACAGCAAGAUAACAACGGAAAAGCACGUGGUCACACUAAAGAAGCCAAAUGUCAUGCUACUGUAAUUUAUUUUAUGAGAUUAAUUAAUCCCUUUUUGUUAAACCCUUUUUAUUUGAUGAAUGUUUGGGGAAUUACCUGUGUGUUUUUAUAAGA